UAGUACACUUAAGGAUAAGACAGAAUUGUUUCCUUCAUCAGGGACAGGUGCGACAUCGAGAAGGAAUACGCUACCAAACUUAGGUCAGUGUUGUUGUAAUACUAACAAGUAAUAUAGUCAAAGCUUUGACACGCCUGUAGUACACUUAAGGAUAAGACAGAAUUGUUUCCUUCAUCAGGGACAGGUGCGACAUCGAGAAGGAAUACGCUACCAAACUUAGGUCAGUGUUGUUGUAAUACUAACAAGUAAUAUAGUCAAAGCUUUGACACGCCUGUAGUACACUUAAGGAUAAGACAGAAUUGUUUCCUUCAUCAGGGACAGGUGCGACAUCGAGAAGGAAUACGCUACCAAACUUAGGUCAGUGUUGUUGUAAUACUAACAAGUAAUAUAGUCAAAGCUUUGACACGCCUGUAGUACACUUAAGGAUAAGACAGAAUUGUUUCCUUCAUCAGGGACAGGUGCGACAUCGAGAAGGAAUACGCUACCAAACUUAGGUCAGUGUUGUUGUAAUACUAACAAGUAAUAUAGUCAAAGCUUUGAAACGCCUGUAGUACACUUAAGGAUAAGACAGAAUUGUUUCCUUCAUCAGGGACAGGUGCGACAUCGAGAAGGAAUACGCUACCAAACUUAGGAAACUAGUUAAGACAUACACACCAAAGAAAAAGGACGAGGAGGAUUACCAGUACAGUCCCUGCAAGGCGUUCAAGUCAGCUAUGCAGGAGCUGAGUGAUCUGGCCGGGCAGCACGAGGUGAUAGCGGAGAACUUGCAACAGGACGUCAUCAGGGAGGUUACCAUUCUGGUCAAAGACAUGAAGGACGAAAGGAAAAAGCACUUACAGGAGGGUGCAAAGAUGAUGACGUUACUGAAUAACCAGAUAUUGACGCUGGAGCGAGCUCGCAAGAAUUACGAGAAGGCUUUCAAGGAGGCGGAACGCGCCAUUGACAAUUUCCACAAGGCAGAUGCGGACUUAAACCUGUCACGCGCGGAAGUAGAGAAACAGAGGAUGAACAUGACGCAGAAGUCACAACAGUGUGAAGAGACCAAGAACGAAUACGCCAACCAACUUCAGAGGACCAACGACUUACAGCACCAGCACUACCACAUUCUGAUGCCGGACGUGUUCAGACUGCUGCAGGAGUUGGACGAGAAGAGGAUAAAGAACAUCAAGAACUUCAUGAUCCACUCAGUGGAUGUCGAGAGGAAGGUGUUCCCCAUCAUCAACCAAUGUUUAGACGGUAUUGUUAACGCAGCCCACCAGAUCAAUGAGAAAGAGGACACACUGAUGGUGAUAGAGAGAUAUAAGUCGGGGUACCAGCCGCCAGGAGACAUACCCUUCGAGGACCUGAGUAGGACAGACUCCGCUCCCGCCCCUCCCCCACCCACCAUCAGCGGCCUGAGGCCAGAGGCCGUCACGGUGAAGGGCACAAUGAGUGCGGGGAGGCUCAAGAAGAGGGUGGGACUCUUCGCCAUCUUCGGCUCUAACAAGAACAACCUCUCUUCAUAUGGUGAUAACAAGGAGGACUUCAGUGAUCUGCCGCCCAACCAGAGGAAAAAGAGGCUACAAAUGAAGAUAGAAGAGAUCCUGGCGAAAAUACAACAAGAAACUGCGGCCAGAGACGGACUGAUGAAGAUGAAGGGAGUGUACGAGGCCAACCCGAGUAUGGGCGACCCGAUGACGAUAGAGGGCCAGCUGAAUGCUAGCAGUCACAACCUGGAGAAGCUGCGGCUGGAGCUACACAAGUAUCAGGGCUUCCUGGAGGAGGUGGAGGGAGGCAGCCCUGCUAACCGCAGACACAACGCAGGCACGCCGCAGCACAACGGCAUCCAGAGACAGCACAGGAACAGUGGAGGCAGUGGGGGAGAGGAGGAGUCUCUGAGUCGGUCAGCAUCUGACUCGUCAGUCUCUGCCAACCACAACCACAAGCAGAGCGCCCCCGGCACCCCCCUCCCCGCACACGGAUGCUCGGACAGUCCGGAGUCAGGACUGGGAACUUCGCACACGUCACUACCCGACUCGGACGAUGCGCCGCACACAGAGUACUACGACGGGGAGCUGCUACCUCCGCUCGGCACGUGCAGGGCGCUCUACCCCUUCGAAGCGACCAGUGAAGGCAGUAUCCCGAUGAAUGACGGAGAGGAGUUGCUGAUCAUCGAGCACGACCAAGGCGACGGAUGGACCAGAGUGAGGCGACAGAAUGACCUGGAGGAGGGCUUCGUUCCUACAAGCUACAUCGAGUGUACUGUCAUCUCCAAUUGUUAAUGUUAACCUACCCCUCGCUUAGCUGAUGGAAGUGAGAGGCGUGAGAGCCGGAGUUCGUGUACAGUCCCGCACAAUCUGUCCUCUUGUACAGUCAGUCUCCCUUCGUCGUUGUUUAUAUUGACUUUAUUACUACAAACAAGUAUUUCUACAUAGGUCAUCGGGUGUGUGAGUGUGAACGUGUGAAAGUUUACUAAACCAUGUUUAACAACAAGUUUUACUAGGAGGUUUUAUCAGAUGAUUUAUGGAAAACCACUAUAUUAUUAUUAUUAUUAUUAUUAACUUAUUAUUUAUUAGGUUCAUUCCUUGUUAUUGUUUUUUCUUAGUGUCUUUAUUAUAUUUUUAUUGCUUACCAUAUUUUAAAAUUUAUUCGUUUAAAUUAUUGUCAACAAAAUGCUUUUUAAAUCGUACUAGCUGUAAAAUUAUACAUUAAUUUAUGUAUCUAAUUCAGAAUGCAAGUAAUCCAGAUGUUUGCACUAUUUCUAUGUUAAGUACAGUAGAACCCUGUCAUAAUUUUUAUCUGCCAAUAAGUCUCAUGUACCAACACAACAACAGAAACUUUUGCGUCAUCUCGUAAAUUACUGUUUUCACAAUUUAAAAUGCUUUCUAGUGGUUGAAAACUAUUCAGACAAUGUGAGGAUAAAUGUGUUGACUUUCUUCUGAAUUUCCUGACGCUUAAAACUGAGCGUGCAGCAAUUCACGGCUGUCAGCAACUCAGCUCAAAACGAGUUGUCCACUUCACUCAUGGACUAGAGCAGCAUUGGUGUCACUGCCUCGCAUCCAGUGUAGCCAACAUUCUUAGUCGAAAACAGUGAUUUACGAGAUUAAAUGUUACUAAUUGAAAACGUUAAAAACGGUUUUACACUAGAUGGCCUAAUUUUAGUCAGCGAAGUGUAAAAAUAGACUUUAUAAACGGCAGAUGUUACGAGAAAGUUUCAUUAUGUACAAAAAAAUUAUGAUGAUGUUUGAAAUUCAUGUGAGAGAUUUAAAAAUAAUAUUUUACCAGUUCUAAAAAUUAGAUUAUUUAAGAAUUGAAAUUAAUGUUGAUAUGGACUAAAAUUACAAAAUUAAAAGUGCAACGGAAUCACAAUGUAAUAAACCUCAGAGUCCAACAAAAUAUGUAUUUAUCAGGAAAAUUAUGUUGGUUUGAUGUUUUGUGGUUAAAUGCGGCUGAUAUUUGUUACAAAGUCUCUGUGCUACUAACAAAAAUAUAAUAAAUAAUUCAUAAUUUUCACUAUUGAUUGUUUUAAGGAGAUAAAAAAGUUAUGUUGGAGAAUUCUAUGUUGAAGGCAUUGUAUUGGGAUUCCAUUGUAAUACAUUUUUGUUCGUAUCUGUAGAAGUUGUAAUCUGUUACAUACAGUUUUAGAACAAACUUAGUUGUAAGUGUGUGAAAGGUUAGAUAUGAUAAUAUUUCCUAGUCAAGGUUAAGAAAAUUUAAAGUACAUUCCAUGUAGACCCAAAUAAAAUCUUAGCACUAAUUCUUUAACAGUGCUUUUUUUAUUACAAUAUUUUUUAAAUUUAUUUAAUAAAUAACAUUUAUGUGUACUCACCUCCUGAUAUUUCAGUUAUUUAAUAUAUCAUAAUUUGUAAAUAUUUGUAUGAACUAUAAUUUUAUUAUUUAAGAUUUACUUUUAUAACUAUCGAUGUGAAUAGAUAUUUAGGCUAUUACUAUAAGGAGUAAUUAUAUUUCCGUGUCCCUCGGAUGUUCAGUGAGUCGAGUCAGAUUUAUACACUUGUGAUAGUCCGAGACCCUGUAACCAGACUAACCUCCCCGUGCUGUAUGUUUUGUAAAUUUGUAUAAUCUCUGUAGAUUUUGUUGGAUGUAGUUUGUCGAUUUCCCUUACUACUUGUGCUUUGAAAUAAUAUUUUUGUACUUUUGACAUAAAAAAAAUGUGGACUUCUGAAAGAAGAUAAUGUUUGACGUUGUGUUUAGAGUAUUUACAUUCCUUCCUAACCUAUCUUUUGUAUCGCUGUUAAUUUAAAAGUUCCUGUGGCUUGAUGGAAUUACAAAUUUUUUCUUGUUUUCUUAGUAGAAUUUUAUCAAACAAAAUUAAGAAGAUCGGUACAGUACGAAGUGGACGGUACUGACAGAAAAUAAAAGUCUGCGAUAUCUGAACCUGUGCUGUACCUCCCGGACCACCUGAGGUUGAUUUCAACCAUUACAGUCAAUUUCUUGUAUUUUAUUAAAGAUACCAGCUUUUGCGUGGAUGAGAGAAUCAACUGGCAAAAGAAAAUUAAUGAAAUAAAAUUCAAUCUUUCAACCAUGUUCCACAUUGGACUAUAUAGCGAACAUCUUGUGCAAGCAGCUGCAGAACAGCUGAUUUGUACUAAGUGACAAAAGGUUAAAAUUGUAACUAACGUUUCUUGUAAAGCAGGUAGUUAUUUUUAUAUUUCUAGAAAUGUUCGAAUAUAGUUUCUAAACAUUGCAGUACCAUUAUCUCACUGCUUCCCCAUUUUUACAUCCAUAAAAAGAAUUAAAGUAUCCCAUAAACAAAAAAUUCCCAUAACACUCUGCAGACGAACUUCCGAUAGAGCAGAAGAAAUUUGUAGUUGUAGCAAACAUGGCAAUUUCCAAUUUAUUGAAACAUUUAUUUAUAAUCAAAGUUCAUGAUAACCUGUUGGUAGAUAAUAAGAGUAAGGAUAUACUGUGAUUAAGUUAGAGUGCAUUUUAUUAGUAAUAAAAUUAUUAUAUACCUGUUUUUUUUUAUAUAAAAAAUAUAUUCUGAAACCCAUUUUUUAUCACUUUUUUAGGUAAAAAUAAAAGGUAAAAUAUUAUAUAUGACUUGUAGUUCUUAAAAAAAUUAACGUUUUCUGAAACUGUAAAUUCUUUUCAAAUUACGUGGUAUGUUUGACUCUUUGUGUUCUGGAUCAGUCUCUAAAGUGACAAAUUAUAUUUUUGAGUCAUAUAUUGCUAAAAACCAAUAUUUUAUUUUGAUAAUUAUAUAAGAUUCAGAUAAUUUUUUAUAUUCUGGAAUUUGUGUAAAAUUUCAUUAAAAUGUUGAAAAUAUUUGAAAUGAAUGUUCUUUACCAAAUAUUUUUAUGAAUUUUUAAAAAUCAAAUAAAAGUUUUGGGUUGAGAAAUUUUCUGUUUCUGAAUGUUUCUUAUUCUCUUGAGAUGGUUGACUGUUAAUAAUUUGAAUCCUGAUAAAUUGUGUGUUACAAGAGCUUGUCAAUAAUUAAUUUAUACUAUCAAGAAUUUCGUCUAUUGAGAUUGAGGAAGAAACAAUAGCUAGAACAAGAAGUACAAAUAAAGAAUAAAAUUGUUCUUAUCUGAAUUUUAAAACGGUUCUCUGUGUAGAAUUAUGUAAGGUGACAAUUGACGGUAGCUUCAGAGUUGUACUGUACCAUCGUAGUCAGUGGGAGCAGGAUUUGGUCAAACGCAUUUUCAAGUUUCAUUGAGACAUUAAAAAAGUGUUUUUGGGUAUAACUAAAAUGUAAUAUAAAUUUUUAGAUUUUGUCUCAUUUAAUGUUUGUUUUUGGCAAUGGAAGGAUUUUGAAGGAAACGCUAUUUUUCCGGACACUUGCCUUCGUUAAGUGAUACAAGAAAUCAGUAACACUACAAUUCGAGAUCUGCAAUCUGUUUUAGUUUUCUGCAACAAUCAUUGUAAUGAGGCAUCGGUUUCAAUUACGAUUCCAGAAUCGCUUGAUUUGGUAUUUAUUCAUACAUAUAAUCUGCUCCCUAGCUUUUCUUACCAGAAUCUGCAUUUUAUUUUGUAUUGUUAUUUUAUAAUUUGUGAAAAUUAUAAUAAAAGUAAAUUAGACCUAAUUUUAUUUUAUUUUAUAAAAGUAUUUUUGAAUUACCAAUACAAUGUUAAAUAAAAUCCUUUAAACGCUUGAUUAUUUUCUCAUAAAUAUAUAAUCAGUUAGUGUUUACCACCACAGUUUAGAAUUUCCGACUCUGUGUUUAAAUCCAUUUUAAUUAUUUUAAUAAAUAAUAGCAGCAAUAUGACAAUGAACUUGCCACAACUUAAGUUGCAUAUUGUCCCAUUGAGUUGACUAAAAAAAACACAAGAAAAUUCUUUUUAGUUUCAGAAUUUAUGGUGAUCAGUCACCAUUUUGUCAAGUGAUCAGUUCGUAACUGAGGCCUCUACUACACAAAUUCUACGACGGUGAGUUUUGUGUUGGGCAGAUCUGCCGUGUUGCGCUGUGCAAUUUUAUCUCUGUGGAUAGGUGAACUUAUUUGAGUGCUUUGAGACAAAUUAAAUUCACAGGAAUCACUCUUAAUAUUACAAAACCUGAUGCCCAAAAGACUUUUUUAAAAUUAUUAUUUUGAUCUUGGACAAGUUGUGUGUUUAUUUUCAAAUAACGUCAAUAAAACAAAGAAUCAUAAUAAGCUUGUAAUAAAAAUGUAGGGAACAAAAUCUUUGGUAUUCCACCAAACUUAUUUUUUUAACUAACCUUAAAAUAGUAAGAAGUACUAAUAAUGAGUCAGCUCUCUUCUUUUAAAAUGUCUGCAAAAAAAGAUUUGACUUUUAGAAACACAGUUAAAAAGAUAAGCUAUAUUUUAUAUUUACCCUCUGAGACCCAGGAAACGGUUUAGUGUACGAGAAAAUCAUUUCUGCAGUAAAAUCCUCACCCGUUGUCUAGAGGGUUGAGAGCCGACUGUAUUGGCGGCCAUCUUGGUUGUAGCCCAAAAAGAACAAUGUUAAAGCUUAUGCAAUUUUACGACUUCAUUUUUAGUCGUUGCAUUUGGGAGAGGCUCAUUUUAAAGAUAUAAUUCAUUCGCAACAAAGGUUUUUUAAUCAUUUUAUUGGUUAUUUAGAACAAAAUUCAAACUUUUUUGUACAUCAAACAAAAAGUGUUUAGAUGCGUAUUAAUUAUAUUUUAAAUCUGAGAUCUUCCGUAACGCUACAGUCUAAAAUAAGUGCGUAAACGUGCGUGAGGUUCAACAUUGGUCGUUCCACUACAGCCGGCUCUUGGAGUGUGAACACAGUUUAAAUGUAACCGAGUUAGCGUAGGAUUAGUCCAGCUCAACUACGUAUGUGACUAUUUAUAGCUUAUGUUGUGUAUAUAAGUGCCACAUGUACAGCUUGUGAUGUCGUUUCUCUAGCCUCAAUACGAAUGUGAACAAUGCAUGAAAUCGAGAAAACUAUAUUUUUUAGGUGUAUUUCGAUAUUGAAAAUAGGAAUUAGUCAAAUAGAUUUUUUAAAUCGACUUUGAAACACAAUUGUAAUUUUAUUUCUCAUAGGUAAACUAUUUAAAAAAAUUUCUUUUUCAAAAUUUGUCAUAUUGUUUUGUAAAACUUUGCCUGUUUAUUAUUUUAUUAAUAAUUUUUAAUUAAGUCCUUGUAGAAUUGUUUUGUAAUUUUCAAUGUUUUCUGUUAAUAUUAACUUUGUUUAUAGAUGUUCCAUUAAGUGUUUCUAAUUUUAUGGAAGAUUUACAAAACUUAUCUAUAUUUUAAAUAUGUCUUUUAAACUUUGUUCUAACAGAGAAAACUUAACAAUUUGAAUCUGUUUUGACCUUAUUGUUACAUAGUCACUCAGCUGAUAUUGUUAGAUUUAACUCGGAUACUGGUACUGUCCAAAGGGCCAAAUCUGAUUGUGAACAAACUAUUUGCUCUAUCUGUCUGUCUGUGUGGUUGUGUACAUAUGGCUGUAUAUACGAAACGUGCCAAUUCUGCGAUCACUGCGCUAACAAUAGUUUUUAUUUAGGCUUUGUUUUAAAAAUUAUGAAUGCUUUUUACCUUUUUAUUACUGUAUAACAAUUUUUUUUUAGAUUUCAUAAUUGUAGUGUCUAAAAUAUUACUUUUUUAAAUUAACGUCAUGGUCAGAUUUAUUAUACCGUCCAAAAAAAUUUUGUUCGGAUUUAUCCUUUUUUAAUAAAAAUAAUUAAGUCCUAACUUUUAUUGCCAAAAUUUUGAGUCAGUUUUUAAUUGGUCAAGGAAAGUAGUUUUAAAAUAUUCACAUUUUGUUUAAUGAAUCGUUUUACAAACGUUAUUUACGUACAAACGUAUUUAAAGGGCGUUAGUGCAGUGACGCUAGCUAUUGUUAUUUUAGGUUAAGUCUGACUACAAUUUUUACUCUGGCGUAACGAGUUUCGGUGUAAGGUUCGAUUGUAAUAUACAGCGCCACUUUAUUGUUCCAUAGCUGAGUCCUGUAUAUUUUCUGUUAAUAUGUAUAACUUACGAUCAAGUAUUUGUGUUCGCUGUCGUGGUUGUUGACUCAAGACUGAAUGUUAAGAACAAUCGGACGGCGAGUUGGGCGGACGGUGGGCGUUUGCGGCGCCAUAUGUGCGUUAACAUAAGUAAUACUGUUGUAUAAUUAGCUUUAUAUGUCCGUAUGUGACGGCUGUGCAAACGUCCGGCCCCUGUACGAUGGUGUUAUUGCAAUAUAGAGUAAUUACUAGCUUUAAGCCUACGUAUGCUUGUAUAUACCUGUUCCUACCUGUUGGAACACACUAGGAGCUCAUUUCAAAUAUAACAUUUUUAUUGA